UUUGCACUCGCAGGCGAAUGUAACUCGGGCGCAAUCGAAGAGCUAUGUCUCUCUCGAAGACCAAGGCUGGAAGUGGAAUACCGUCUGAAGAGGUCCGUUGUUAUAACGAAUGCCUCUUGAACAGAUGUCUUCAAGUGGGCGACCUGAUAGAGUUUCCAAGGAUAGGCUACUCCCAUUGGGGUGUGUACGUGGGUGGGGGACAGGUUAUCCACCUCAUCUGCCUGGAGGGGAAUAUUGUGAAGUGUUGUAAUCCAGUCACUGGCGCCAAGAGAGGAGAGAUCAAGGAAGAACCAUUUAUGAAAGUUGCAGGAACCAGCAAGGCCAAGAUAAACAACUACAAGGACAAUGAGAUGUCGCGGCAUUCGCCGGUGGAGAUCGUGAAGAGGGCCAAGCGUUACAAGGGGCUGGUCGAGUACAAGUGUGGGGGGUGCGAGAUGUUCGUCACCUGGUGUCGCUACGGGGAGGGAACCUGCGAGCAGAUCCAGAAGGUUAAAACUGCGGUAGAUUAUCUCCGGACCGCCGGCUUGGUGACGACCGUGGCGGCGGUGGCCAGUUUUAUAGUCUAUAGGGUGACACGAUAA